CGCCCGCCCCGCCGCACUACAGCUCCCGGCAGCCUUCGCGCCGCUCCGUGACUCGGCUGUGGCGACGGCGGCGCUGGCCGGGAUGGAGUGAGGGGGCGAGCGGCGGAGAGAGCGCAGCCCGCCGAGCUCCGGCCCCUUCCCCCUUUGCUCUCUCUGGCCCGGGCCUAUGCGGCCCCCCAGAGACCAUGGGAUCCAGGAUCAAACAAAAUCCGGAAACUACCUUCGAAGUGUAUGCAGAAGUAACCUAUUCAGGAAUCAGUUGCACUGGGAAAGAUCCUGAGGUGCGGAGGCAAUUCCCGGAGGACUACAGUGACCAGGAAGUUCUACAGACUUUGACCAAGUUUUGUUUCCCCUUCUAUGUGGACAGCCAUGCAGUUAACCAAGUUGGGCAGAACUUUACAUUUGUGCUUACAGACAUUGACAGCAAACAGAGGUUUGGAUUCUGUCGCUUAUCUUCUGGGGCCAAGAGCUGCUUCUGUAUCUUAAGUUACCUCCCAUGGUUUGAAGUCUUUUAUAAGCUGCUCAAUAUCUUGGCAGAUUAUUCAGCAAAAGGACAGGAUAAUCAAAGGAGUGACCUCCUAGAAACAUUUCACAAACUUACCAUCCCUGAGCCAGGAACCUCUGUUCAUCUUGGAGUGCACUCUUACUUCACUGUGCCUGACACCAGAGAGCUUCCGAGUAUACCUGAAAAUAGAAAUCUGACAGAGUAUUUUGUAGCAGUCGAUGUCAACAACAUGCUGCAUCUCUAUGCCAGUAUGCUGUAUGAACGCCGCAUCCUCAUUUGUAGUAGUAAGCUGAGCACUUUAACUGCCUGCAUUCAUGGGUCUGCAGCUAUGCUCUACCCGAUGUUCUGGCAGCACGUUUACAUUCCUGUUCUGCCCCCACAUCUACUGGACUACUGUUGUGCCCCGAUGCCCUACCUCAUUGGAAUACAUUUAAGUUUGAUGGAGAAAGUAAGAAACAUGGCCCUGGAAGAUGUAGUGAUUCUUAACGUAGACACCAACACACUGGAAACCCCUUUUGAUGACCUUCAGAGCCUUCCUAAUGAUGUGGUUUCUGCACUGAAGAACAGAUUGAAGAAAGUCUCUACAACCACUGGAGAUGGUGUUGCAAGAGCGUUUCUAAAAGCACAAGCAUCUUUCUUUGGGAGCUACAGAAACGCCCUGAAAAUUGAACCUGGUGAACCCAUCACUUUCUGUGAAGAAACGUUCGUGUCCCAUCGUUCUGCUGUCAUGAGGCAGUUUCUUCAGAAUGCCAUUCAGCUCCAGCUCUUUAAGCAGUUCAUUGAUGGCCGUCUGGAUCUCCUUAACUCUGGAGAGGGCUUCAGUGAUGUUUUUGAAGAAGAGAUAAAUAUGGGAGAAUAUGCAGGUAGCGACAAAUUGUACCACCAGUGGCUCUCUACAGUAAGGAAAGGAAGUGGAGCCAUUUUAAAUACGGUAAAGACCAAGGCUAACCCUGCCAUGAAGACUGUCUAUAAGUUUGCAAAAGAUCAUGCAAAAAUGGGAAUAAAAGAAGUGAAAAACCGCUUGAAGCAAAAGGACAUUGCUGAGAACGGGUGUUCUGCAGCACCGGAGGAAUCCCUGCCAAGGACAGCACCUUCUCCAUUGGCUGAGAAGAAGGACCCUAAAUUAAGAGAAGACAGAAGGCCAAUCACAGUGCAUUUUGGUCAGCAGCAAAGACUCCGUCCACCUCGGCCACCGCCUCCAAAGAUACAGCGCUCAUCUAGGCCCGUCCGCCCGCCAAGACCGCAUGUUGUUAAGAGACCCAAGAGCAACAUUGCUGUGGAAGGUCGAAGGACUUCAGUUUCUAGUCCAGAACACCUUGUAAAGCCCAUGCGACACUAUACUGUCUUCCUCUCUGAGGACUCUUCUGAUGAUGAAUUUCAGCAGGAAGAGGAUCCUGUCUCUGGCUUCUCUGAAAACUUUUUCUUCUCUGCUCCUUUUGAAUGGCCUCAGCCAUACCGGGCCCUGAAAGAAUCUGAUAGUGCUGAUGGGGAAGAGGUGGUCAGUCCAGAAAAAUCAAAAGAGCCUCUGCCUCCAAGCCCUCUGUGCUCAAGCAAGGCCACAGAAAUCAACCUUCUUGAAGACAUUUUCCCUAACUUAGAAGUAGAAACACAGCCUCAGCCCCUCAGCCAAGCUAAGAGUCUAGAAGACCUGCGGACUCCCAAAGAAGAGGGAGAUCAGAGAUGCACGUUUGAUUACCAGAGAAUGGAUCUCGGUGUGUCUGAGAGGAACAGGAUUGUGCCAGCCAUGAAGCUGUCUCACCCGUACAACAAGCUGUGGAGCAUGGGUCACGAUGAUAUGGCGAUUCCGACCAAGUACUCCCAAAGCUCGCCGGAAAGGGCCUUGACCGCACUUGGUAACAUGCCGCCAAUGACGAGGCGACCCCGGAGCAGAGACAGCAUUCUGGCUCCUGCAGAAAAGGAUGAAUCAAAUCCUGCUGUUCAAGGGAACAUCACCAUUCCUAGGCCACAGGGAAGAAAGACUCCUGAGCUGGGGAUAGUGCCACCACCACCAGCACCCAGGGCUUCCAAGCACCAGGCUCCAGCUGCACCUACAGAAAUUCUCACCACCCACGCUGCGGGACGUAGCCAUUUGGUUUCAGAUCUUAUCCCAGAGCCCUUUGGAGCUGGCAGUGUGUCCUUAGACCCUGAAAUCCAGCAGUCUGUAAAUUAUUCCUCUCAUCCGUCUCAGCUUUUGUCCAGUGCUGCCAGCACUGCUGAAAUGCUCCAACCUGUCAAGGUGAAGACAGAUAAUACAGGUAACGAAAGCGACUACCUUCUUAACCUCCUGGAUCCGUUAAAAACAGCCAGCUGGCAAAGCAGCGGCCCACAGCAAGGCCCCCGCAGCCUGCAAAGCUCAGCCACUCCACCUUCUGCAGCUAGCUUUGCCUCAGUGGCAAGUGACUUUGUGCCUCCUCCAGCUGCACCGUUUGUCCAGCCCCUUGGUUAUCCUUCCCCAGCACGACCACCGUUUUUACAGCCAUCUCCUAACCCAUUUACACAAACGGUGCCGGGAGCCCUGUCAAUGUCUCUAGUUAGACCCCCAAGGGGGUCUUUCACCCCCUCUUUAGGUCACGCUUAUAGCUCGAGCUUCAUAACACCUAAUUCUAGCUUCUACCCACCACAGAGACCUCAACCAAAUAUUUCAACACUAUCCAUGCCAAACUUGUUUAGCCAGGCUGCAGCUGUGACCCCAGCUGGCUCCGUAUUGCUGCAGAGCCACAGCCCUUCGCCAACAAGCUCUCUACAGCCAGCGGGUCUAAGUGGUCCUUCUAAAACCAGAACGUUACAGGUGGGCCAGUCCAGCUCAAAGGUAGAUCCCAAACAAGCACUAGCUCUCCUGCCUAAUGAACCCCCUUUGAUCCCUUCCAGGCCAGCUAAGGGCUUAGAGUCAGUGUUGCUGUCUUCAAAAGCCGAGGAGACAAAAGAUCCAUUUGAAGAUUUGUUAAAAAAGACAAAGCAAGACGUGUCAUCCACACCGGGUAAGGUUGAACAGCUCAGAAGGCGAUGGGAAACCUUUGAGUAACGCUCCCAGUGGCCUUUUGAUGCCCCUUUGGCAUCGACUGAGGAGGGUUUUUUCAUUUUUUGAGCCAGCAUAAAACCAAGCAUUUCUUUUCUGGAAGGCUGAGCCAGAAUAGCUGCAGGACCAUCACCGUGCUGCAAUUCACAUGCGAGUGCUUUUUGCCCAGAGUUCAGAGUCCCCCCAUUGUUGCGUCCCCGCAACCCCUUCCUCACUCUCCGCCACUGAACACCCCUGUGACUCUUGCACUGACCAAAGCAUGAGGGUAGUUGGGUUUGGGUUGGGAUUGGUUUGGUUUGGUUUUCCACACGUAGCUUUUCAGACAACACUACUGAUGCCUAAGUAACUCCUUCCCUUGUAUUUUCAGUCCUCAGCACAGCCAGGAACACGGCAUGGCACGUUGUACUAGUGUUUUCCUCCUGCCUGUGUGAAUGGUGUUCAGGUUUUCUUGCAUUGCGCAUACAGCUGUCAUGUUUUGCUUUCACAUGGAAGGUGCAGCAAACAAACCCAGACUUGUUGGGCUGUGCUGAACUAAUCCAUUAGGGUCUGAGUUUGUCCUGUCUUGAAAUAGAGGCGUUCAUUUAGGUUACGCUAUUGGCUGAGCUUUUGUUGCAGGUGUUUGAUCUCCUUCCCCCCGUACGCUGACACCGCGAGGUAAUCGGGACCUCUCUGGUGCAGAAUUGUGAUUCGUUGUUGCAACAAAACCAUAGCACAGAGCAGUUGCUCAGGGUUUGGUCCUGCAUCUCUGUUGGGAAACUGGAAACACCAGCAAUUGAUUUCUUUUUUUCGGGGGUUUUGUUUGUUUGAUUUUGUUAAAUACAUCAGAAAACAGAGGCCAUAAAGAGUAUCCUAGUUCUUAUAUAUGUGUACGUUAAUAUUAUAGAUGAGUAGUAUAGAUGGCAGUAUAUGAAUGGGAUGUAACAAUAACUUGAUUAUUACAAACAAAAAAGAGAAAAAAAAAUUGGGGUAUAAAAGUUCCCAGCUCCUGAGACCAGGUUAAACGCCAGCGUGCUGACAAGACGGCCGAGCGCCAGAGCUGCAGUGCUUGGCCGUGCGGGCGGGAACCGGCCCCGCGCCCAGCUGGGUAAGUGCUGUCCUGCCGGGGGGCCGGCGCGCGGCAGCUGCCCGGCACCGCUGGCCUGCGGAAGCGCUAAUUGCUGCCUCGGAGCAACCGGCGUUUCGUUGUGGUCUGCAAGGCCCUCGGCUCCUUCAGCCUGUCUGAAAAACCAGUCUUUAUCCCGCGUUUGCUGAGAACCCUUUGCUGGUAUCACAAGACGUUAACUGGACCACAGCGUGGACCGUGAGGCCGUGACGUACAGAAAUGCAAGGCAAAGGUUAAACGGUACGUUGGCUCUGGUUUUCCGAGACCCCGUCUGUGGCAAUAGUGGUCCCGAGAACUUUCAUCUUAAUCUUAGCAUCCCUUGUACAACCUGCUGUCUUUGCAGUGAUCGUUUCUGUUUUACUUAAGUGGUGCUUUUUUGUUUUGUUUUGUAUUCGGGCACAAUCUGAUGUAGAACACGUUACUCUAGGAGAGGUAAUCACGUCACCAUUAAGCCUUUGAUAAAGGAAAUAAUUUUGGACACGUGGGGAAAUUCUUGUAAAGCUUUAUCUGAUUUCCAAUGUAUCUAUUUUAUUCAUAUAAUCUUGGAAGUUUUCUUACUCUGGUGUAUGAAAAUGGCUGUCUCUGCGUUUGAGUCUGUGCAAUACAAAAGAAAAAUACUCUUAUUAUCCAAAACGCCAACAGUUUGGGAAAGACUGUAGUAUUACAUUAAUAUUAUAUUUCUGUAAAGUACUGUUACUCUGACAAGCCAUUCAGUUGGAUUUGUAUUUUCUUUUUGUGUUGGAAAACAGAUGGUUUUAGUAUUGCAUAGUAAAAUAUUUAAAGUCUAAGCUAAUAGCUCCACUUUAUUUUAUACGGUUCAGCAUAUGAGCGUUUUAUAUAAAUUGAGUCUGGAAUUUCAGAUCUCCUUUGCAAUGAGCUAAAUGACAAAACUUCCUCGGUUACGGUGGAUAGGUACGGGCACGGAAAGCUCUGCGUACAUCGGGCCAUUGAAUGUCACACCCUUGUUUUUAGGACGUCUCAUGUCACACGUCAGAAUCUGAGCGGGCCUCUUACACGUGCGCCACCAAAUAGGAAAACGCUCGGGUAACUGCGUCACUGCAAAGCAUUUUCCAUCGCUGAUUAUUUUACUCUGCCCACACUGUGGAAUAUUUUGUGCAGUUGAUUUUUAGACAAACGACGACUCUUGGAUUUUUUUCAUUUUAAGUGAGUUUUGAGGCACUGAAAAGUAUUAACGCUUACAGGUGGCAUUAACCACCCUUCGCUUUAUUUUGAGGGGGAAAAGGGGGCUGGGCACACCUCAGAGCCGGGCGUGGGAGGCAGCACUCUCCUGGAGUUCAUGCGCUUCUCAUAAUAAAGGAAUCGAACUCUC